AUGGAGCAAGGAAUCAAAGCGGGCCUCGAGAGAUCGCCACCAGCGAAGAUAGGCAAGGAGAUACCCUCCGAGGCCGAUUCAAAGACGUUAGCAGGCCCUAUGCUGUUUGUGUUCAUCCUGGACAUUUACGACCUGAACAAGAAGUUCCUGGGCACCAUCGAGCAAAUGGUACCGCACAUCGAGCAGCAGCAUCACGACGAGCUGCAGAUGGGCGGGGCCUUUGAGGACGUGACCGCCUCGUUCAAGUUGUACUCGGCCUUUGUCAACAGCUACGACAAGAGCCUGGACGCCUUGGGGCGGGUAGAAGCCACGCGGCUGUGGGCGGAGAUCAUGAAGAAGGUGGACAACCUUGUCCGCGAUGAGCGACCGCUCACCUUUGAGACCCUGCUCGUUACACCCAUCCAGCGCAUCCCGAGAUAUCUUCUUCUACUCAAGGACAUGCUGCGACACACGCCGGCCGAGCAUCCUGACUACGAGAAGCUGAGCAUCGUGCUGCCAAAGAUGGAGGAGGUGGCCAACUGGAUCAACAACGAGAAGAGCAAAUUCGACAACCUCACCAUCAUUCAGACACUCUCAGAUACAAUCUCCGGCUACGAAGACUCAUUCCUGAAGCUCGGCCGACGGUUCCUACGCGAGGGCCUACUGUCGCAGUACAUCAACGACUCCAUGCGGUCCAAGCAGCGCUAUUUAUUCCUCUUCUCCGACAUCAUUCUUCUUACGCAGCCGCGCCGUGGGAGUGCCAUGCCCCUCCUCAAAAAGGCCGCGCCCAAGUACCAGUUCAUGGCCUCCGUGGAACUCGAGCGCUGCAAGGUGUUCGGGCCAGCCGAAGUCUCGCAUGCGCUCAAACUGUUGUUGGCGGACGGCUCGUCGUGGAUCCUCCACAAUAGCUCCGAGCGCGACGUGACCAGUUGGUACCAGUCUCUCAAGGAGGCCAUCGACGAGGCCCAGGCCUCCAUGAUUAGCAAACACCAGGCCCGCGCGACCAGACUGCCCCAGUUGCGGAUGUCUCUAACAGAGGGCGAUGAAGACGAGGAUGAAGUGGUGGGCGGAGUGUCCAAGUACCACACCCACCGCACGACUACGGUCACAGAGCCCGGGCAGCGCGCGCGGUCGGCCACCGGGUCGGUCGAGCUCCCGCCGAUGGCGCAGUCGCCCGCAGCGCUGCGGGGCGGCUCGAUCCCGCCGACCCCGACCCUGCCGCCACCCCUCGAUCUGCCCUCCCUGUCCUCGACCCUAGGCCACCAGCUCCCGCGACCGCAGCUGCUGCCCUUUGCCCUCCCCGUCUCGCCCCAGCGACCAAACCGCCACCGGCUGCAGCCGGUGUCCCUCUCGUCCGACAACGUCGACACGGCGCCGAGUGGUCAGUCGUCCACCCUGUCCUAUUCCUCCACCUCCUUCUCGUCGCUGUCCUCCAGCAAGAAGCUCUAUCGGCGCACCCUGUCUGAGCUGCUGGCCUCGCAGAUCAGCGACAGCCAACGCCAACAGCACCAGCAGCCACAACAGCAUCACCAACAGCAGCAGUCGCACGCGGGCACCUUCAGCCAGAGCGGAGGUCGACACACCAACAGUAACAACAACCACAGCCCCCACAACAACAACAACCAUCACAACAACAACCAGAGCCCCAACAGCAACAGCCCCAACGGCGAGGCCAAGAGGAUGGGGAUGAGCGGAGAGAUCGCAGUGCUCGGCAGCGGCGAGCGAAGGAACAGCAGCAGCAUCCCGGCCGAGCUCAAAGAGGGCAUCAAGCGCGGCCUCGCCAAGCAGCAGUCGAUGUCGACGCCCUCCUCGCCCGUGCCCACGCACCUGUCGUCAUCAUCGCCCACCGCCCCCUUCCUCUCCCCGGCCAGACGAAGCCGAAGCAGCGGCCGCGACGACGAGGCCGAGUCGGGCUCGCCGGGCAAGUGGCCGGCCCCGCGGCGCACCGUCGGCCCGCCCACGCCCGAGGGCGGGGGUCUGGUGUCGCGGCGAGAGAUGGCGCGCAUGCUCGAGGUGUCGCUGAACCUCAACAAGGACCUCAAGAAGCGGGUCUGCCAGUCGCCCGGUAAGAAGGAGCUGGACAGGAGUACAUAA